AUGGUGUUCUUCGCCGGCGUCACCGCGGUGCAGUCCACCCUGAUCGCCGACUGCUACAUUUCCCACGACCCGGAGCGAGGCGUCGUCAGGAACCGCUCCUACGUCGACGCCGUGCGCCUCUACCUAGCAAUUUCUCAUGCUUUCCCCCUUCUAAAAUUUCUUCCACUAAGCCACUUGCCUAUUGCCGGCAAAAAGGUUAACGGGGCUGCUGUAUCACGCCAAGCUUUAGGAUUUUACCUAACCAGUGAAAGCUAA